GGGUGCAUAAGGCCCCUCCCACCCUGAUCAGUGAGGCUGGCAGCCCUCAGCAUAGGCCUCUGAGGGCCAGGACGUGCCCAGAAACCAGGGUCAGGGCACCCCCAGGUCGGGCCCGUCUGCCCCCCAGCGUGGUCAGGUGACCAGGCGGGCGCCCGGCACACCUGGCGCCGUCCCUUGACCCCGCCCCGGGCCGCACCCCAGAACUCUCUCCGAGAGAGCCAGCGCGGCGGAGCAAGGGCCAUGGCGGCGGCGCCGGCGGUGGGCGCCCCGCAGGGGUCCCCGCCGGGUGCACAGUCCCCACCGGCUGGCGCGCCGGUGCCCGCGUCCGGUCUGGGCCGCUGCCGGAUGGCGCUGCUGAUGGCCGUGGCGCUGGACGUGGCGGGCAUGGCGGCGCUGCUGACCGGCGUGUUCGCGCAGCUGCAGGUGCGCGGCCGCGACUUCGGCGACCUGCUCAUCUACUCUGGCGCGCUGCUCGUCUUCCUGAGCCUGCUCGGCUGGAUCCUCUGGUACACCGGCAACAUCGAGAUCUCGCGCCAGGAGCUCGAGCGCGACUAUGGCCUGCGGCCCUCGGCGCUGGCCCGCCUGGCGCGCAAGCUCUCCCGCCGCUGGUCUGCGCCGGCCUCCGGCCCGCGCGCCGCACCCGGCUCCCAGGGAACGCGCCGAGCAGCCCGCGCGCCCCCGCCGCCCGCCGCCGGCUCCCGCCGCGUACGCCUGCAGCUAGCUACGCUCGAGGCGGGGCCGGGGGCGGCGGGCGCGGGCCCCGAGUGAGUCGGAGACGACCACACGGCCCCACGUGUCAGGACGGGACUGCGAUGUUCAGCUGUGCCCCACAUCACUUGGCCUCCGGGAUGCCUAGCUGUCCUCCUCUCUCCUUCCCUGGAUAAAUGGCUCUGCCUCCUA